CUAAGUGUCUCUUCCAAGUGGAGGAGGUCUCACACACACUGUGCUCUUCUCUGAAGGAGGACCGACACACUGCGUUCUUGACUUUUCACAGGGCACAAGGGAUAAACCAAACGGCGUCAAGAUGUGUGAUAUGGGAGGACUGGAUAAUUUAAUUGCCAAUACGGCUUACCUGCAGGCUAGAAAAAGUUCAGAAUGUGACGCCAAAGAAAUGCAGAAAAGGCGCAAGAGCCUGGCACUCCCUGCCUUGGAAAAGUGUGCGGAAGUGAAGGUGGACAUGGCGAUGGACUUUGAAAGUAUUUGUGUGCAGCAGCCAAUAGGAAAAAAGCUUUUCCGAAAGUUCACCGAGACUGUCCCCAACUACCAGGUGGCCGUUGACUUUCUGGAUGAAUUCACCGAUUGGGAGCUGGCAGAAAGUGCCACCCGCGAUAAACUCCGGCAAAACAUCACUACUAGCUUUUUAACUGCGGACUCGAAGAACUUCAUCUCUUAUGUGAGCCCAGGACUGGCUGAAAAGUGUAAAAAUGUGACAGAAAAAGAAUUUGAGCAAGUCAUGUCCCUGGCCAAAGAGGAGACCAACACUUUCCUGAAAGGCCAGCCCUUCAAGGAUUUCCAGGGCAGCCCCCAAUUUGAUAAAUUCUUGCAGUGGAAAGGCUAUGAACGGCAGCCCAUCACUGAAAAGUAUUUUUAUGAAUUUAGGACUCUGGGCAAAGGAGGGUUCGGAGAGGUCUGUGCAAUUCAAGUGAAGAUUUCAGGACAAAUGUAUGCUUGCAAGAAGCUGGAUAAAAAGAGACUGAAGAAGAAGACUGGGGAAAAGAUGGCCCUUCUGGAAAAACAGAUCCUGGAGAAAGUUAACAGCCCCUUCAUUGUCAAGCUGGCCUAUGCAUAUGAAACUAAAUCCCACCUCUGUUUGGUGAUGAGCCUGAUGAAUGGAGGUGACCUGAAAUAUCACAUUUACAACAUGGGCGAGAGGGGAAUAGAGAUGAAGCGGGCCAUCUACUAUACGGCCCAGAUAACGUGCGGCUUAUUGCAUCUGCAUUCAAUCCAAAUCAUAUACAGAGACAUGAAGCCAGAAAAUGUGCUUUUGGAUGAUAACGGACAGUGCCGGUUAUCGGAUUUGGGGCUCGCAGUACAAGUCAAAGAAGGCAAGGAAAUCAAGCAGAAGGCUGGCACCAAUGGCUACAUGGCACCUGAGAUCCUGAAAGAAGAAAACUAUACCUACUCCGUAGACUGGUUUGCCCUGGGUUGCAGUGUUUAUGAGAUGAUUGCAGGGCGGACCCCUUUCAAAGACUUUAAGGAAAAAGUCAGUAAAGAUGAGGUAAAAAGGAGAACUCUGGAAGAUGAUGUCAAGUUUGAACAUUGCAACUUUGAUGAACCAACCAAGGAAAUCUGCAAACUGCUGCUAGCCAAAAAAGUGGAGGAUCGUCUGGGAAGCAGGGGGCAAAAUGAUGACCCAAGAAAGCACGCCUGGUUUAAAACAAUAAACUUCCAAAGACUUGAGGCUGGUCUCAUCAAGCCACCGUUUGUGCCCGAUCCCUCUGUUGUUUAUGCAAAAGAAAUUGGUGACAUUGCAGAUUUUUCUGAAAUCAGGGGCAUCGAGUUUGAUGAUAAGGAUAAGAAGUUCUUCAAGAAGUUUGCCACUGGUGCUGUCUCCAUCCCCUGGCAGGAAGAGAUCAUUAACAGCGGACUGUUUGAUGAGCUGAGUGACCCCAAUAGGAAGGAAAGCAAAGCUGGGAUAGGUGGAGGUGGGGAGUCAAAAUCAGGUGUGUGCCUGCUCCUAUGA